UUUUAACACAUUCUCAUUUUCAUUUUAAAAUCCCGCAGUCUUCUUCUUCUUGUUCUUUUGACUCAUCAAACCCUACUAUUAUAUUCUCGAUCUCGAUCUUGAAAUUUCUCGAGCGGUUAUUCUGUUCCGAAACGGUUUUAAUUUAUGUUCCGGUUAAGCUCCGGCGAUGUCGCCGGAUUCAAGCUACUGUUUUCGUUGGCGGUUAUGUACGGAGUGUUGUCAAUGGUGGCGUAUUACGUUAUGCAAGUGAAGUUCAUCACGCCGUUAGGUCUCGAUGCUCCUCUCGAUCGGUUUUCUGAAGCGCGAGCGAUUCAGCAUAUUCGUGUUUUGGCUCAUGAAAUUGACGGUCGUCAGGAAGGACGUCAAGGUUUACAUGAUGCUGCUAAAUAUAUUAGGACACAAUUGGAAAUGUUGAAGGGUCGUGCUGGAUCUAAUGUAAGGAUUGAAAUUGAGGAAAAUAUUGUUAAUGGCUCUUUCAAUAUGAUGUUUUUAGGUCACAGCUUAUCUCUUGGAUACAGGAAUCACACAAACAUAGUAAUGAGGAUUUCAUCGAUAGAUUCAAAAGACACAGACCCUGCCGUUUUAUUGAAUGCACAUUUUGAUAGUCCAGUUGGUUCACCCGGCGCUAGUGACUGUGGUUCAUGUGUUGCAUCUAUAUUGGAGGUAGCGAGGAUAACAAUUGAUUCAGGGUGGGAACCUCCUAAACCACUUAUAUUUCUGUUCAAUGGCGCGGAAGAACUUUUUAUGCUUGGUUCACAUGGCUUUAUAACAACACAUAAAUGGCGUAAUACAAUCGGUGCUUUCAUAAAUUUGGAAGCUUCUGGAGCAGGAGGGCUUGAUUAUGUCUGCCAAUCUGGACCUGGGUCUUGGCCGUCACAAGUCUAUGCUCAAUCGGCUGUACGUCCUAUGGGCAAUAGUGCAGCACAGGAUAUUUUUGGCAUUGUUCCUGGGGAUACUGAUUACAGAAUGUUUGCAACUGAUUUUGGGAGCAUUCCUGGACUAGACAUCAUCUUUGUCCACGGGGGUUAUUUUUACCAUACGUCUACUGAUUCGGUAGAAAGAUUAUUACCCGGAAGCAUUCAAGGCCGUGGGGAUAACUUAUUUAAUGUAGUUAAAGCCUUCACUAAUUCAUCCAAGCUUCAAAAUGCUUACGAUCGUGGACUUACUAAAGAACGUGAUGAUGGACAUCCUAUGUUUUUUGAUUAUUUGUCAUGGUUCUUGGUUUACUAUUCUAGAAGGCAAGGGAUGAUAUUUCAUAGUAUACCAGUAGCCAUGUAUAUACUUAUUCCAUUUUUUCUGCGGUUUUCAAAGUAUGGUUUGCGAUGCUCGUUUGCUGCUUUAUUCGACUUCAUGAAAGGAACUUUGUUUCAUGUUAUCGGCGUCAUUCUUGCAGUUAUAUUCCCGGUUGUUUUUUCUGUCUUGAGACUGUUAUUCGCUGGACAGUCAAUGAACUGGUUUGCUCAUCCUUAUUUGGCGUAUAUGAUGUUUAUUCCAUGCUCACUUGCUGGGAUGUUAUUUCCAAGAUUUUGUUGGAAUUUUUUUCCUCUCUCUCAAAGUGGUUACAUUCUCAAAUCAUCAAAAGAGGAAUUUGCCGAGGAAGCUCGGUAUUGGGGUGCAUUUGGCUUAUAUGCGUGCAUCAGUAUGGCUUAUUUCUCUUUUGGAUUAAGUGGAGGUUUCUUGAGCUUGUCAUUAGCUGCUUUUAUGGUUCCUGCAUGGAUUUUAUACCGUUUAUCUGUCAAGUAUUAUGGUAUUGAAUCACUAAGGUCUGCAGCAUUUUUAGUUGUACCUUCAAUACCUUGCCUUCUGCAUUCUGUCUAUUUUUCUGGGUUCUUAGCGCAGUUUUUAAUUGAGAAAAUGGGUAUGAUGGGCUCACUUCCACCUCCUCAUGGGUAUUUCAUUCCCGAUGUUAUAGUGGCAACAACUAUUGGAGCAGUGACUGGUGUGUGUGUGGGACCCAUUUUACCAGUUAUUGGUCAUUGGUUAGCCAGAUCAUCUGUUGUGCAGUUCUUGCUGCAUAUCAGUGUGAUUGCCUUGGCCCUCACAUCACAAUUUUUUCCAUACAGCAUUGAUGCACCAAAACGGGUCAUUUUACAGCAUACUGUUGUUACAGCAGAUUCAGGAAAAAUUAAAGAUACCAGCUAUGAUUUGUCUGUAGUGGACUCCAAUGCAUUACCUUACCUUUUCAAACAUGCUCCAGAAGUAGCAAAGGAGCUGCAUGUUGAUUCAGAUUUUUCAUUUGAAACCGCUAAUCUGUCUUAUCGAGAAGCAUGGAUGGGAAUCUAUCCAUUGUCUUCCUUGUUUUCAAGAAGCUUAAAGUUCCCUGCAAGUAAAGACGAAAUCACGAGACAUUAUAGAUAUUUUCCUCAUAUAUCAACUACUAAGCAGGAGACUAUCUCAGCUGAUGGGUCCCGCAGAGUAUACUUGGAAUUUUCCUUGGGUUCCUUGAAGGAGGUAUGGGUUUCAGUCCUCAACAUAACGGGCCCGAUUUCUGGUUGGUCAUUUGCUAACAGUACCCUUCCAGCCCCUGAAAUUAUUAAAGGUGCUCCUCCAUCAUAUAUAUGUAGACUAAGUGGUGUAGCUAACGAAAAUUGGACCUUUUGGUUGGAGACAAAUAGUUCAGGAGAUAUACGUAUUGAGGUCGGUGUUGUAGAACAAUACUUAAUGGACUCGAUGAAGAUAUUAAAAAGUCGGUUUCCCGAGUGGGUGGAUAUCAUUGCGCUUUCAAGUUUUUUGUCGACUUAUAUCUUCUAGUCUAAAUACACUACUUUGAUUUAUUCACAUUACAGACAUUGUAUUGAUGCAGUCUAUAACUGUUUUCAAGAUUAGUGUUCUUUUUAUGUACAAGCAAAUGAACCAUUUUGAUUGCUUAAAAA